AUGAUCCAGCAAUACGGCGCGGAGGACAAGUUCGCAUGGGGCUAUGACGCCAGCAAGGGUGAGUGCAUGGUGGACAUGAUCGUCGAUCCCCUCAAGGUCGUUCGUACCGUGCUUGUCGACGCGGCCGGUCCCUCGCCGGAACGCGUCGGUCACGAUCCACCGCGCGACGCGCACGGCCAUCCCUUGCGCGUGCUCCCCAGGCGUCGAUAUAUUGUGUCCAAGUACACACCAACGGACGUCGUGUCUUCAUCGACACGCAAGCUUAGAAAAGACCAGCAGAGGAACUGGUGCGGCCUGAUUGCGAAGCGCACCUCCACAUUGCAGCACGGGCCCCGCGCAGGCCCCGCGCCGCCCUCGACGUACACGGGCGUCCUCAACUCCCUCGCGACCUCCGCGUACGGCAGGCUCAUGGUCGCGACAUCGCUCGCGCUCGGGCGCGUGCCUGUAGGCUGUGGUGGGCCCGUUUGCGGGCUUCGCGUUCUUCUGCUGGGUCGACGCGUGUUUCUGUGA